UCAGCAAAAGGUGCAAAAAUAUAUAGUGCUGCAGCAGCAGCUGCAGGUGAUGGUCAACCCACGAAGGAGGGAGAGGAAAAAGUAAAGCUGCACACACAUUCCUACUGUUGCUUGGACUAUGCACAGAUCUGUGAUGUUGUACGGUACCGGAUACACCGCAUGAAAAAAACGUUGAAGGAUGAAUUGGACAGCAGAAAUACAGUUCAACACUAUAUAUGUCCUAACUGUAAAAAGAGGUACUCGGCCUUCGAUGCGUUGCAACUUAUAAGCUACACGGACGAGUAUUUCCAUUGUGAAAAUUGCAACGGCGAACUACUUGCAGAGAGUGACAAGCUUUCUUCUGAGGAAAUGGGAGAUGGUGAUGAUAAUGCACGGAAGCGUCGGCGUGAGAAACUGAAUGAUAUGCAGCAAAGAAUUGAUGAGCAAUUGAAGCCAUUGCAAGCACAACUUAAGAGGGUGAAGGAUCUGCCUGCUCCUGAGUUUGGGAGUCUACAAUCAUGGGAAAGACUAAAUCUCGGUGCUUUCGCGCAUGGUGAUUCUGCUGCAGCUGAGGCAGCUAGGAAUGCACAAGGGCAGUACAAUGGUACACCGAUGCCUUAUCUUGGAGAUACAAAGGUUGAUGUUGAGUUGGCUGGUUCGGGUGUAAAAGCAGAAGGUGAUGAAUCUGGCAGAGAUGGUUCAGCAUUGAAAGUCUUACCUCCAUGGAUGGUCAGAGAAGGGAUGAAUCUUACAAAAGAACAAAGAGGAGAGUCCAGUAACACAUCAAAAGGAGAUGAAAAAUCAGAAGUCAAAGAUGAGAAAAAACAGGACUCAAAAGAAGAUGAGAAGAGUUUACAGGAUGAAUACCUUAAGGCAUAUUAUGAGGCCCUCAAGAAAAGACAGGAGGAGGAAGAUGCAAAGAGACUGCAGCAGGAAGGCCAGGCAUUUUCUUCUGAAAUUCAUUCUGAGCGGCAGGUGGGCAUGAAAGCCAAACGUGAGGAUGAGAAUGGUGAGGAUGAGGGUGUUGAAUGGGAAGAGGAGCAACCUGCAGGGAAUACAUCGGAGGAGCCAUAUAAGUUUGUGGAUUUGAAUGCCAGAUUGACUGGGAAGAAGGUUAAAAGUACGGCGACAAGUUGCUCCGUCUUGAAUUCGUGAAGUCAGUUCAAAGUGGGAUGUUAAAUGAUAUAAUAAUAUUUCCAGAUGUAUGCAUAUCAAGGCUUGGCUGCAAAUAACAUUUUUCUCCCAGAUUUGUGAAAAGUUACUAUAAUGUGAAGUAUGAUAUUGACAUCCAUGUGACGUUAAGAAAUUCAAAAGAAUUUGAAAGAAGUUUUACCCUUUUA